GCCGCGGCGGCAGUGGAGGCGACUGUGGCUUUAAGAGGGGAGCGCGAGCGGAGCCCGGGAUCCGAGCCGGGCCGCCUCCUCCAACCGCGCAGCGGAGCCGAGCAGAGUAGAGUCGAGCAGAGCAGAGCUGAGCUAAGCCGAGCUCUGGCCGGAGCCGGAUCGCCUGGUCAAAGCGGGGCUGCUGACAACGUGCCACAGACCCCUGUGUGAAAGUGAGUCCUUCCUCCCAAGCCAUUGCCAGUGUGUGGAGCCUGCCCCACACCUGCCACCUGCCAAAACCACGGCAUUUACCUGCGUCUUUCGGUGUUUCCCCUGCGACCCAUCCUGCGGGAGCACCUCCUGGGCCACCCCUGAGUUUGGGCAGCAUUCAGCGGCAGCUCCAAUGGUGAAGAUGACGAGGUCCAAGACUUUUCAGGCAUAUCUGCCUUCUUGCCACCGGACCUAUAGCUGUAUCCACUGCAGGGCUCACCUGGCCAACCACGAUGAACUCAUUUCCAAGUCAUUCCAAGGAAGUCAAGGACGAGCUUACCUCUUUAAUUCAGUAGUUAAUGUGGGCUGUGGACCUGCAGAAGAGCGAGUGUUGCUAACGGGGCUACAUGCAGUUGCAGAUAUCUACUGUGAAAACUGCAAAACCACUCUGGGCUGGAAAUAUGAACAUGCCUUUGAGAGCAGCCAGAAGUAUAAAGAAGGCAAAUACAUCAUUGAACUGGCACACAUGAUCAAGGACAAUGGCUGGGAUUGAAUGGAGGGAGUACCCCCUACCCAGUAUCUGAAUGAAUGCCAUCCAACUGAACAUUAUAUCCAAGAGGGGAGAGAGUGACUGAACACUUGGUUCCAUCCCUUUAGAGGCUUUGGCAUCAGGAGCAUCCUCCCACCCUAUCUCCAUCUUUAUUGGUGACUGGCCUCUAAAUUGCUGUCUCUCUGUUUCUUUGCUUUGUAUCUGUUCGUGAGUUGACCCUGGCUUCUCUCUCUGUUCUAGUGUUGGCUAAAAACAACGGAUGCACCAAGAGCUUGGCAGCAUUCUACUUUAAGGAGAGUCCCAGGGACCCCCCCAGAGCAGGCAACCUUAGCUGCCUUGUGUCAGGAUAGCAAUGGCAUGGGGGCAUGAGAAGGGAAGGGAGCCCUGAGUGUCCCGGGGCAGGGGUGGGCAUGGGAGGGUGGAGGUAGGAACUGCUGCUCCUUAAAAAUCCUGGGAACCUAGGAACCUUGAAACUAUCAACUUGUCCAAAAGGACAAAAAGAAGAUUUAAAAAAAAAUACCUCAUGACUGAAUUCUCUUUGAAGCUUUUGUUCCUGACACCCAACAGUGUGCCAGGUCAGCAUGAGAGGAGGGCCUAACUCCUGUGGUUCAUGCAGUUGCAGGGGUAGGAGUCUGAUUGCCCUGGGCUGGUUUGGGGGCACCCUGUGUUAGCAACAGUCGGUGACUGUGGGGAGCUUGUGAUAGGGUCUCAAUGAUUUGUUCCCUAACUGUAUCUUCCUAUACCCACCCCUACUCCCAGUUCUCACGCUCCCCCAUCAUGGCAAAUAGAGGUCUGCCCUUCACCAAGUAUUCAAGAUCCUGUGCCCCCAGUGGCCUUGACCUGCGACCUACUAAGUCGUGUAGUUACAGGGACACAAAAUUGACACCUCCAGUAUCAGCAAGGAUACCAUAGGAAAGCCAGCAUAGUUAAAACAACUCCCACUGCCUGACCCAUUACCUGACUCAUGACCCUUAACUGAGCGCAAUGGAUGGGAGUUGGAAAGGGGGGAUUUGGGAGGAUGGGGGGAAAGACAUCUCUUAGUAUUGAGCCUCCUCCCCACUUCCCCAGGGGAAGGUGGGUGGGGAGCCUGCUUCCCGAGAGCAGGGAUGAUUCACAUCCAGAGUUUGAUUGGCUCUCUUAAGCUAUGGAAGAUAAAAGCUGUGGAGAUGAUGGUUAAUGCAUUCUGCAGGCCGAUAUUUCAAGCCCCAGUGUUAUUUUCCUGAAUUUGAAUGGGGAAGAAGUGGAGUAAUUAACCAAAGUGGCCCAGCAGUAGGGACUGAUUCAAUUUGAUGUCAAACUAGGAGUAACAAAUUCUAAUCUUACCUUUUCUUUUUGGGAGGGUAGGAAUGAAGAGGGGACAUACUUCAUGGUAUUAGGGGGAAUUGAAGGGGGAAACCCAAGCCAGCCAGGCUUAGGAGUGAAAAGCUUUGUCUCGCAUUUAAUCAUCCACACUGUGAUGUCUAUUCUACAGCAAUCCAGCCAGUACGUGGUGCAUGAUGUGAGUCCCACUCAAACUGAGUUCAUUUCAUUUCUCAGGCCUAAAAUACUCUUUAUUUUUCUUCUGAUCUUGUGUAUCAUUCUCAGCAUUUCAUUUUCCAAGGACAUUGAACCUGAAAACUCGUGUCAGUUGUCACAAGUGGUUAAUUCAGAAGCCUAGGGGAACCUGUGCAAUGAAGUGGGCUCUGAAGGCAGCAGACCCAGGGAGCCCUCUGGCAUGGAGUCUGUGAUGGAAAGAGAAGGUGGCUGGGGCGGGGGAGGGGGAGCUAUGAAGGGAAUGGAAUCUCUGGGUCGCUGUCAGGUAGCAAGAUAAAUCCUGAGUCCAGGUGGUUCUGGCUCAAGGCUGACCUAGGCCUGGAAGCUCCCACAAAACAGGACUUGUCUUCCUUUUGACUAGUUGGUACAAGACAAAAAAGGACUGUUUUCUUACAAAACCUAGUUUUUGGUUCUGUUUAAAAAAAAUCAACCACAAUUAGAAGGGGGGAAAAACACCACAAAACCAUUUGGCCAGUCAGUUUUCAAAACACUCCAGAAGAUGAGUAAGAAGGGAAACUGAGGCAUAGUUAGAUUACUUUGUUGCAGCCUCCUAGAGGAAUAUUCUUUCCACUUCCUCUAAUCCUUUAGAUUGCAUCAGAAAAUAGCUUCAGUUUUCACAUUCCCAGGCUAGCUUCCCAGCCCUGAAGUAGCCAGAUUCCCACUCCCUCCCUCCCUACUGAAGUAUGGGCCCUGGGCCCUUUCCUUUAUAGAUUUGGCCUUCUCCUUAAGGAAAAUUUCACCUGGUUUUUAGAACUAAAAAUGAAAUUUGGCAGAUUUGACAGGGCAGGAUACAUGAUGAACUUGCAGAGAAGAUCAAACCCUGGCCCCGUCGCCGCUUCUUGCCCUGGGAAAGCUUCCACUGCUUACUAUGUGGGUGGUGUAGACACUACUCAGACUCCUACUCUGGUGCCAUGAGUAACCCUACUGCAGUAUCCCAAAGGUGCCCGGCACCAGCAAUCUGAACAGGCUCAGCGGCAGAAUGACCAAACCCCCUCAUUAGGUUUUCAUACAUGUUGACUAAACCAUAAGUGCUUCUUACAACUUAGCUCCAGCUCCAUCCAUGGCUUGUUUCACGUCUAGCAGUAUUGGAGACCACAAACGAGAGUUCAAACCUUGUCAAACUUGUGGACUCAAUUAGUUCUUUCUGUGUUUGAUUUUUUUUUUCCUCUUAAAAUUAUCUAUUCAGAGCAUAACCAAAGACCUCACCCCUAGGCCACUGUAGGUUCAGCCAACUUGGGAGCUGGUGUGGGCAUGGCUUGGUGGGUGGGAGGAGAGGAAGGAAGGGAAGGGGGGGAGUUCUUUACCUCAGCCAGCAGCUGCCUUCAUUUGGGACUGAAAAACCAUUAGCAGAAUCUCCAAUUUCAGCUCUCUAUGCUCCACCUUUGGAUUGAGCUGAAACCCUGUGUACUGGGGCCUGUAGGCUCUGUGGGCUGCCCCUGGCACCAGCCUGGAAGCUGGAUUGGAUGCCAUUGGCUUGAGUUGGUUGGAGCAAAGCAGCUGCAACCCAGCUUGAUGAACACAGGUGUCCAAUAGGGUACUACAUCCAUACUUAGACAUGGCAAGGUCAGUCUGUGCUGGUAGGAUCAGCGUGCACAAAGGAAGUAUCCCCCUUUCAACAAAUUUUCAAAGGGUAAUAUAUAUAUAUAUAUAUAUAUAUAGAAGAAAACAAAACAUUCUCUUGUGAAAUAUACUUUUGUAAAUAAUAUUUAAUUUUUUUAAAUAAUAUAUUUGGUGCUGUUUUCUCAGAGCCCCUGAGAGCACUUUUUAUUUUUGUUUUAAAAUUUUACUGUUUCCUCUGCAUUUUUUGAAGUAUGUUUUAAGGGAAACAUAUGCUUUUUUUUAAGUCUGUCAUUUAGUCUGGGGAAGGCAAGAAAGCUUUGCUUUUUUGCUUUUUCCUGGUAGAAGUGACAUGUAGUGAAUCAUUAGGUUGAACUGAAAUGUUUUUCUUGCACCAGUAUUGGCUAGAAAAAAAAAAUUGAGGUGAAGUGAUGUUAGUUGUGGCUUCAAAGACUUCCUCUCAUCGGCAGGCCUUUAGGUCUAUUGUUUUUAAUUGUGCAUUUUUUUAAAGAACAUUUUCCAAUGGCUCCUGCUUUUCUUUUUACUGGGGACAUUAUGUAAAAGUUUACACACCUCCUGCAGCAAGGCUUUUCUUUUCUCUCUCCCCCACCUUUGUGUUGUUGUGGGUUUUUUUUUAGUUUUGUUUGCACUCUGUCUCUAAAUGGACCAACAGCACAAGCCAUAGAGAAUGCAUCUUACCAUGCCGUGUACAGGCAGGGCUGUUUGCAGUGCCGGGUCUCUGGUGCACCCUCCCCUUCUCCUCUGUGGCACAACUUGGAUGAACUCCAAAUGAAUUCUAUUGUCCUUAUGGAGAUCCAAGAGUCAAACCUCUCGUAUGUUUUCUCUUUGCUAAUGUGAGUGUAUUAAUCGCAUAUUCUGUGGCUCCCAAGUGUUUUAAAAGAAGCCUCAUCAUAAACAGGAACUAGUAUUGGUUGAACAGACAUGAAAUGUACACAUGCCUGUAGGCAAACAGAUUUGUAAGAUCAGAAUCCCCCAGGGGUCAGGAAGAGGCCUGGGAAAUCAAAUUCUGGAAAACAAUCAACUUACAUGUUUUUGUUUUUUUUUAAAGUCAGUCCAAAAAAGAAACC